CGUAUCGUAUGUUUUUCAUGAUUCAUAAUAUGGAUGCAAAUUACUUUCAAAAUGGCAGCGCCCAUGAUCAGGUGUUUUGUUUCUCUUAGUAGACAUAAAGAGAGUAUUUGUCAUCUACAUAGAUUAGCCAUCUACAACCAUAUACAGCAUAGAAAUCUAACUAUUUUAUCUCAGAAAAGUCUUCCAAUAUUUUCAACAGAUAAUAACAGAUGUGUUAGCAAUGUAUAUUUUUGUCACCGGAAAAGUUUAUCAAAUGGCCAGAAAAGACAUUUGUCUAUUGAAACAUACAAUAAAUACUUUACUUCAGAUGUCCCGCCUAUCGGUUUUGCAGAAAAAACUUUAGAAACAUUUCAUGAUUUUACUGGUCUCCCAUGGUGGGGAAGUAUAGUAUUGACAGCCUUUACAUUAAGAACAUUUAUAACCUUUCCUCUAAGUAUUUACACCGCAAAAAUACAGACAAGAUUGGAGAAAUUACAGCCAGAAAUACAGAAAAUAUCAAACCGCAUACGAUUCGAUGCUCAACAUGCUAGAUCAAAAUAUAAUUGGAGUGACAAUAAAACGAGAAUGAUGUUUAAUUCAGCUAUGAAGAAGAAAGUAUCAGAAUUGUAUAUAAGAGAAAACUGCCAUCCAAGAAAGACAAAUAUAGUUGCUUACGUUCAACUGCCAAUGUGGAUUUGUUUAUCCUUUGCUUUAAGAAAUAUGAGUGGAGCUAGUCCAGUGAUAGAUGCAGAAUCAUCUGUUCAGUAUUCAGAUUUUAAAACAGAAGGAACAUUAUGGUUUACAGACUUAACUUUACCUGAUUCAACUUAUAUUUUACCUGUAUUACUUGGUCUUAUUACCUUUACUAAUAUUGAGAUGUUCUAUUUACAAAGAAUAGAUAUAAGCAAGUUUGUUAAAAGAGUGACAUAUUGUUUUAGAGUAAUGUCAAUUCUUAUGAUACCUAUUGCCAGUGUUGUUCCUUCGAGUAUGUGUUGUUAUUGGGUUUCCUCAAGUUUGUUUGCGUGUUUACAGAAUGCGGCAUUGAGAAUUCCGAAAGUCAGACGUUUUUUCCGUAUAGAAAAGACUUCAAGUGAGAGCGCUACACCAUUUUCUGAUAUAUUACAGAAUGCUAAAUCACGUUAUGGAAGGAAAAAACGCUGAAGCCGGGUUCAUAAGUAGUUUUAAAAUACCUCAACUUUACGUCUCUGAAAGGCUAUCGGGGAAAUAGCAAAAUGAUUUUCCAGAAGUAAAGAGUUUUGUAAUCAAAUGGUACUAUUAGAUUAGAAGAUGGAGUGAAUGACUUGAAUGGAUUGACUUUAUUAAGGAGGACAGUGGAUGUCGUUAAGAAACAAAUUCCGAAUAGACUAUAAUAGGUUAUUUUUAUUUAUUACUACAUUUAUAUGUUUAUACAUGUAGAUAUUAUCGAUAAGUGUGUAAAUAAAACAUCUCACAAUA